AUGGUUGGGGGGAGUGGUGAGGCGGGAGGAGCAGGAGGGACCUCAGAAAGGCUGGAGGAGGGCUGCAUGCCUGUACUCCAUCCUCCUCCUGCAGGCGUCCUUGCCCUCAUUGAUCUUAACAAUCAAUGCUUUCUGGACCCUCUUAAUCUCCUUGUCCCCAGCUCUGAAGGCCCUCUUUUUGUCAUUAAGGAGGGCCUUUAUGUCUCUGGUGAUUCAGGGUUCAUGCUGUUGCUGAGAGCAGGCUUGCUACUCUGUAGCAUGCGAAUCUGUUUCAAUCAGGGUACAACAACAGAAGAGUUCUAUGCAGGUGAGCUCUUAAUUGAAGGAAAUGCCACCUUAGAUGUUGCUGGGCCUCUGGAGGGUAUCGUGCAACUAUCUGUCCCCAUAGGGGACCCUGUCGUCACUGUUGUCAUUGUCAGCGCCAAUAUUAUUGCUGAGUGUGAGCUCAUUGGCGACCAGACGAACUGUUCGUGUGCCUCAGGCUACCUUUGGAGUGGUGCCGUGUGCAAUGCUUUUCCGACAUGUUGCAGUACACUACCAUGCAAGGAGAAUGUAUCCCACUUUACGCCUCUGUGUAUUCCCAAAGUUAACGUGUCUCUCAGAGGUACUGUUCAAACCACCCUGACUUCACUGGAUUCUAUAAGCACCAUGCUGACCACCCAAUUUGAAAAGCUGAAUGGAUUUAACUCACUGAAUGUAACUGGACCCAGAGAAGGAAAUACGGAGACUGAAUUUGAAGUGGAUCUCAGUGCACCAGUUAGCACUGCUAAACUUCAAAGUAUCAUUUCAACUUUGCAAACCUUGAAUGUAUUUGUUUUCCUUUGUUCUUUAGGAAUGGUGACUAUGUAUGCACCUCAGGAUAAAGUGUGCUAUAAAUCACAACAAAUACUGAAUUGUACUACAGAGGAGACUGCAGAAAGUUGCAAAUGGGAGGUAUUGAGACAGAAUGCGGAAACAGAACUUGGACCUGGAACACAAGUGAAAGUCACAUCUAGCUGUACAAACGUAACUUCACUAACGCUUCUCAAUGUCACAGAAAUCUGGGCAGGUACUUACAGAUGCCACUUUAUGAAAGGAUCAGUGUCACAUAUAGCUUCUACAGAGCUGAGGGUUGCUGUCUUGCCGGAUAAAAUAACAAUAACAAGUAAUCCCCAGUCUGCAGACUGCAUUGAUGUACAAUCAGUUCAAGUUACUGUCAGUUGCACCAUUCAGAACAGCACUGAGCCAUACACUGUCCUCUUUAAAUUCAAUGGGAAAGUUGCAACACACAACACCGGUCCAAAUGGAGAAAAAGUUUGUGAAGCGGAAGGUGUGUGGCCGAAAACCAAGGAUGGGGAGACAGCAUUAGCAGCCUGUGAGUCUGGUAGAGUAGGAGAAAUAAGACGCAAAUGCAACGGAAAUAAGUGGGACACUGAGGUCUCCUUCUGCGUCAAAGAGGAGCUCAAUAAAGUGCGCAAUUUAGCAGCAGAUUUUGAAUUAGGACUUGGAGCAACUCAGGAAGUUGCUGUUCAUAUCUUCUCUAGUUUGAAGAACACUACAGAUAGCGGAGAGGAGGCCACCUAUGGUGACGUGCAGGCUUCAAUUGAUGUCCUCUAUUCAAUGAAUAAAGCAACAGAAUACAUUGUGUUUGAAGAGUCGCUAAUGCCUGAUUUUGUUGACUCAGCCAGCAGGAUGCUUAAUGCCACCACCUGGGAUUCAGGAGAUCCAGAGAAAGAUUAUGACAUGUCUAUUAAGUAUCUCACGGCUGUAGAGGGCCUGGUUAAAAACAUUAGACUAAACAUGAGCGAAGGACAUAACACUACAAACAUACAGGUUCAGGUGUGCAGGAACAAUACUGUCUGCAGCAAGGUCAUUUUUAAUGUAGAUGUUGAGGUGAAUUCAUCUGCAGGUAGUGUAAAAACAGUAGGGAUUCAGAAAAUAGCAUCUCGUCUUCCAAAGGGGAACUUCAAUAACUCAGAAUAUCCCAGCAUCGUGGUAUCGGCUACUGUGGAGAACAACACGGGCUCAUCAGUGGCUAUCAAGCUGGCCUUCCCGCUGAGCGAACGCAAGCCAGAAAAUGCCAAAGUGCAAUGUGUGUUCUGGAACAUCACAGAAAACAAAUGGUCGCAAGAAGGCUGUAAUUGGACAGCUGGUCCCAACGAUACCAGUAUCUGUGAAUGCGACCAUCUCACUCCCUUUACCAUCCUGAUGUCCAAACAUGCCAUUCCCUUGCCACUAAUGGAAGAGAUUACCUACAUUGGACUGGGCAUUUCCAUCUGCUCCCUUGUAGUCUUCAUUCUCAUUGAGGCUUUGGUGUGGAACGCUGUGGUCAAAUCCAACCUCUCGCAUUUUCGUCACACUUCUCUGGUCAACAUUGCGAUUUGUCUGCUACUGGCUGACUGUAGCUUCAUCGCAUCUUCCUUCCCAGAUAAACUUUCUGACACCUUGUGUCUCGUCCUAGUGGUGGCCAAACACUUUUUCUAUCUGGCGAUGUUUUUUUGGAUGCUUUGUCUGAGCAUCAUGCUUCUUCACCAACUCAUCUUCGUAUUCUCUCCACUUAGGAAGAAGACGUAUAUGAUACUCUCCAUUUUCAUCGGCUACUUCUGUCCCACCGUCACCGUGGCCACCACAUAUGUGUAUUAUGACAAAGGAACCAAUAUAAAGUACCACGACAGAUCCUCUUGUUGGCUUACUUACGAGGCACCACUAAGAGGGUCGAUCCAUGCCUUCCUCUUCCCAGUUGGAACCAUUGUGUUCAUCAACAUGUUCUCCAUGAUUGUAGUCAUCUUUACACUCUUGAGACCAAAUGUUGCUGAGAACAAUAAAAUAGAUGAAAAAGAGGCUGCAAAGAGCAUCAUCAAAGCAAUUGUCUUCUUAACACCUAUAUUUGGCGGCACGUGGAUUUUAGGAUUAUUUGUAUUUUUAAUGACGGACAGCACGAAUAUAACAACUAUCUUGGUUAAUUACGCUUUCACUAUUGUCAACUCCUUACAGGGCCUCUUCAUAUUACUAACAGGAGUUUUUGGAGAAAAACGGGUCAGAGAUGAGGUUUUAAAAUAUGUGCUUGGUGGGAAACCAACCAAAAGUGAAAGCAAGAGGCACCUGACCUCAGCCUCUUUCUCAAAGAACUGACACACAGCAGGUGGAAAAAACAGAUGCUCAAUAUUAGGAUAAUACCACUGCAAGACAACAAAGAAGAAUAGAGUACUAAUUUCAGCAGCUCAAAGACGGCCUGGCCAGUCCAACAUGAAGGCAGUCAUUUCAGUUAGUGAUACAGUGGCAUUCACAAA